AAAAAAAAUAUGUUUGAUAACAAUAGGUUUAGUAAUUGAAUGAGUUUUUUUUUUAUUUAUUAUUUAAAAUUAUCUGGCAAUUUUAUUCGACCAUGGAUUUUGACAAUGGACCGUUGGAUCAAAAUCUGCAAAGUGCAAAUGAUUUGGAACAAAGUCUUCUUCAACAAUUCAGCUGUCUGGGUACUACUGAUCAUGAUGAGCUCGUCAGCCAAUUACAAAAGAUUUUGGGGAAUAAUUUAAAUGAGUCUACAGCAAGAUUUUUUCUAGACAUGAGCAACUGGAACUUGCAAGCAGCUAUUGGUUCUUAUUUGGAUUGUGAAACACCUGCUAAGGUACCAUCGAUGAUAUUAUUAGCUGAUGUAACAGUUGGCGAAGGCGAAUGUAUCACUCCUAAUACGAGUUUUAUUAAAACGUGGAGAAUUCAAAACAAUGGUGAUGAAGCUUGGCCGCGAGAUUGUGUUCUACAAAUGAUUGGUACCACAACACAAAUGGAGUGUUUAAAGAGAUAUUCAAUGCCUGCAUUAGUUCCUGGUCAAGUAUGGCAUAUUACAAUUGAAAUGGUCAGUCCUUCUGAACCAGGUGUACAUCAGACUAAAUGGAGAAUGAUGACUAGUGGUGGGAGUUAUUUUGGUGAUACAAUUUGGGCAAUAAUUACUGUAGCUGAAGGAGGAACGAUGGCCUUAACACAGAAAUUAGCUCAAUUAAGUACUCAACAACCCAACCAUGAUAAUUCAAGUAUGAAUGUAGAAAUGAAUGAUGUAGUGAAUGCAUUAGAUUCUUCAAAUGUAGUUCAAUCACAAGCAAUUGCAAUUCCAAUGAUCAAUCAACCAUCCACAGAUCCUGCUAUAGAAACUUCUUCUGUUGUACCGUAUUCGUACAUGACGAAUGAUGACUCCAAUAUGUGCUGAUUGAUGUGAGAUUAUUUAUUACUUAUAGUAGAUUUGAUAAUAUUUUAUUGGAAUUUUAUUCAAUUUUUUUUUCUAGCAGUUCUG